GCUCAUUUUCGCUCAUUUCAUUGGUUUCCAGGUGCAAAGUACAUUGUAUCGCGUGUCCCUCGCCUGUCCCGCCACCUAUCGCCUCGCAUCUUGACCUGAACAGUCCCAGGGGGCCUACCUGCCGUCCCCAACCGCUUCCAGACGCGUGCGACCGGUUCUGCCUCGGACGGUGUGGCGCCGACCCGAAAAUGAGCGCCCCACCAACGGCCUAUCUCGCGUAUUCCGCGACUCCCCCGCGCGAAUCUUCUCUGGCUGGGCCUGGACUGCAUGUCGCAUUCUAGACGACCGCGGCGCCAACUUCACAGGCCAGCCGCACCCGCCCCUCGCAUCUACAGGCCGCCCAUACCGGCUCUCCCGGACGCCCCCGUCGACCCGAAGCACGCAGGACAUUGCCCGCGACGCGGGCACACCGCCAGAACGCGCCCUGCCGCCGUCAACAUCGCGGGCCCGCCGCCGUGUCCCUGCGCCAGCGCGCCCCCCUACGCACCGCACGCCUCCCCGCUUCCACGCACAUACUGCCCGCACCUCCGCACACCCGCCCCUCGCACUGCGCACAAACGUUCCGCGCGGACGGUCGCACCGCCCACACACCCUAACGAGUGCAGCGCGCCGGCUGCGCGUGCUGGCGGCACGCGGACGCCUGGGACUGGGCGAUGCGAUGCGGCGCGCACGCGUGGGGGAUUGUGCGAUAUCGCGGCCGCGGGCCCGAUUUGGGGGCGUCCGGGCACUCCGAGAUGGGGUGGGCCGUGAGUGGGGCGCGUACGCGUCAGGCACGAUGCACGGGUGUGUGCGGCGGGCUCGGCGAGGUGUGUGGCGCGCUCUCGAGGGCGCGUACGGGAGGCGGAGAGUCUGGUAGGUGCCCUGGGGUGUACGGGGCUGCCCGCGACGACAUAGACGAUUGCAAUCGUGGGCGGCGCGGGGGGCUCGUGUCCGCGCGGUAAGCCGCGGUGGAGGGGGUCCGCGCUAUGGACACCGUAGUUAGUCCCGUCAUGUACUUACCGCGCAUCCCGCCCCUCAAUGCAGCCUUUGCGACGUACCUCCGCGCCUCCGCACCCCUCCACGGCGCGUGCGCACCGCCGCGUAAGCCGCGCCUCGCCAGACACGACGCCUGCGCCGCGGCCCGCGACGCCCGUUCCUCGCGCGACACCGUGCACGCCGGCUACUACGAUAUACACGGCACUAACUACUCUCCUGCAGCCCCGCCCAAGCCGGCUUGUCGGCUGCGUGCCCCGCGUCGGGAUCGUGCCGUAUCUGAUCUUGUAGUGCCGCUGUUCUGCUGUGUGCGCCGGCCCGGGACGCAUCGUGCUCGCUUCGCGGCACCGUAUCUUGUAGUAGCUAGCGUCGUGUGCACAUGGCGACGCGCAUCGUGCUUGCAUGUGGCGCCGAGCGCACACUCCUGUGAGCGGUACGAGCAGUCUGGACGUGUCAGCAGUAGGUGCGUACUGUAUUGUCACGGCGAUCUCGCGCUGAAUCGAGUCGUCCUGCAGGCUACAAGAGAUGGGACGCUGCACAGGGGUCAAGGGAUCACUCACCUGGUGAUGUGCGAGCGCAGGACAUCAUAACCCGCUUCCGGAACGUGCUACGACACCCGCACGGGCGCACGCGAUGUACGCGGGCCCGCGGACACGUCGUCGCGGGGGUGCGUGCACGGCUUUUCCCUCGGCGGCGUGAGCAGCUCCGUUCGACUCCGAGCGGCGCGAAUUCCACUACGUGAGGUGCGCCGUCAAAACUUCGCUCCUGCGCGGAGGAACUGCAUGUCUGCGGCACCACGCCGACGUCGUUCGUGCCCCGCACUCCUCUCGCCGCAGACCGUCUGCAAUCAUACCUACGGCUCUCUGUAUUUCGCUCGCCUCGUGGACGCGCAGCCCGCACUUGCGCGGUGCACAGAUCUGAACCCCGUAAUGUCCGGACGAAUGCGGCCAAGACGAGCCUUCUGGCGCGGUGUGAGCAUGGGCGGAACGCAGGGAGGACCUAGACGCGUCCUAAUCAAUGGCAGACACCGUCUGACGAGUCCGCGGAUGGAGAGGUGCGUACCGUUCGCAUUGUGGCGCGUUUGCACGGACCGUGACCGUGUUGCAGCUGUCUGGUUCCUCACAGGUGCACCACUGGGGGGCUGGGGGCUGUACGAGCC